AAUCAAAUACUAAAUCAUAGGCAGCAGAGCCGCUGAGAGUGCAGAAGAGCAGGGAGGCUGGGUUCAUGGGUAGAAGCUCUCCUCUCAUGCUUGAGGGAGAAAGUGAGGAGAGGGCUUUCCAGGCAAUUCCAGAAAAGGUAGAGAUGGAAGGGGGAGCUGCUACCCCGUAAGAGCUGGGGGUUUGCCUUGAAGAGGGGAGGAGGCUAUCAGAGAAGACAAGAAACCAAAAGCACUGAAGUCAUGGGAGCUGAAGAUGAAGUGCUGGUCACGCUGUCUGGUGGGCCCCCCUGGGGCUUCCGGCUGCAGGGGGGCUCUGAGCAGAAAAGGCCCCUUCAGGUGUCAAAGAUCCGCAAGAGAAGCAAAGCCUGCCGGGGGGGCCUGUGGGAAAACGAUGAGCUGGUGUCCAUCAACGGGAAACUAUGCGCUGGCCUUUCCCACGCCAGCGCCAUGCACAUCAUCGACUCCUCCAGCGACACGCUCCACAUCUGUGUAAAAAGGGCGGCUGGUGAGGACAGGUCUGGCCAGCCACUAGUGCUCUGCCCAGCCUCCCCAGUCAGCCCAGAGACAGCUGGGCCCCCCCCCCCCCCUCCACCCGAGCCACAGCGCCGGCGACAGCAGCAGCUGGGGAGCCUGACGUCACCUCCUGACAGCGAGGCCUACUACGGCGAGACAGACAGCGAUGCCGAUAACAUUGCCCAGGAGAAGCACAGGAGGGCCCGCAAGAAGAGCCCUCGAUCUCCACCUGGGGGCUCCAACAACAAGCCGGGGGAGCCGCAGGACGAGGUGUCCCUGUCGGAGCUGAGCGGCUAUGACAGCACCCCCGAGGCAGCGGCGCAGGCCGGCCAGGGCGGAGCGGACACAAGUGGAGUGGCUGAGAAAGAACGCGGGUACCGGCCCGGCAGCCACAUGGACACCCCUUUCUCAGAGAGCGAGGAGCUGCUGCAGCGGCCCCCAGCGGAGAGCAGGGAGCUCUCCCCAGAGGCCAUGCUCCUGCCCCAUGCCACCAAGACCAUCCGAGCGGAGCGCCACCUCAUCCCCAUGGUGGGGCCCGUAGAGCACCCCGUCGAUGAAGAUUUAACCACCACCUACGCAGAGAAAGCCAAACUAGCCAAGCUGCACCGCAGCGAGAGCACCCAAGAGAAGAAUGUGAAAGAAGCCAAAACCAAGUGCCGGACAAUUGCGUCCCUGCUGACGGACGCGCCGAACCCUCACUCCAAGGGCGUGCUGAUGUUCAAGAAGCGCAGGCAGAGGGCUAAGAAGUACACCUUGGUCAGCUUUGGGAGCGUUGAUGAGGACCGCUGUUAUGAGGAGGAGGAUGGUGUCUUCCCAACCAGUGAGUCGGAGUUUGAUGAGGAAGGCUUCUCAGAUGCCCGAAGCUUAACAAACCACUCGGACUGGGACAACACGUACCUGGACAUUGAAAAGCCCAAGCCAGAAUCUGAGCAGCAGGAGGGGCAGCGGCGGCAGGGUCUGAGUGAGGCCUCUGGCAGGGGCGCCCGGCUAUUUGAACAGCAGAGGGAGAGGGCAGGUCAGUAUACAGUGGAGAAAGCCCCAGCUGGGAAGCCAGAGAGCCCUCCCGCAUCAGCAGGGGUCAGGCCAAAGCAGAGCAUGGUGAACGGAGAUGUGCCCACUCCGCAGAAGGCCAACACGGCCCCUCUCAGUAUCCACAUGGAAGCAGUGCAGGUUCCCAGCAAGCUGCCAUCUUUUACCUCUGCCCACUUCCAGGCUCCAGUGGGCAGCACUGGAGGAGGUGCCCAGCCAUCCUCUGGCACAGACAGUUUCUUCAACAGAUCCGCACGGCCCUUCACGCCUGGCUUUUCCGGGCAGCGCCCUGUGACUUCCUCUGUCAUCUUCAGGCCUUUAGCUCCCAAGAAGAGUGUGGGGGGGCAUAGCCCUGUUGCCCCCCCUUUCUCACCAGGAACCCCUGUGCCACCUCCUGCUGUGCCUGCAAUGGCACAUGGUGGUCCAGCAAGCGCCUCAGCGCCUCUGUAUAUUCCAACAGCACCAGGGGGACUGCAGCCCGCCUCUGGCGAACGUGCUUCUGAGACUAAGACACCCACCAACCCAGCCAGGACUUCCAAGGCUUCCAUAGUUCUAGCCACUCCCUCUAAAGCAGGGGGGGCCGCAGUUGCAGCCACACCUCAGCCACCACGGGGGACAGCUUCUUCCUCCUUGUAUAUCAGCCCAGCCCCACCCCAACCCAGCACGGCGAGUAGCUCUCUGCUACCCAGCCAGCCAUAUCCUGUGGUUUCCCCAGCUACUCCACGACCUGCUUCUGAGACCUUAGCAUCCAGGGAGCAACGCAUUGCGGUGCCAGCCCCCCGCACGGGCAUCUUGCAGGAGGCGCGCCGGCGAAGCACCAAGAAGCCCAUGUUCAGUCCUAGAGAAGAGAAGAAGAAGAAUUCGCCCAACCCCGAGCUUCUGUCUCUGGUGCAAAACCUGGAUGAGAAACCCAAAGGCGACCACCCAGGGGCGGGCUUCGAGUCGGGGCCUGAGGAGGAUUUCCUCAGCCUAGGAGCCGAGGCCUGCAACUUCAUGCAGCCCUCAGGCCGCAAAUUCAAAGCCCCCCCCCCAGUCGCCCCUAAGCCUCAGCAGCCAGGUGCCUCUGCCAGACUAGUCAACGGUGCCCAUGACAUGCCACAGCUGAAGGGUAAAGGGGCAGAGCUUUUUGCCAAGCGACAGAGCCGCAUGGACAAGUUUGUGGUGGAGGCGGCUCCAACACCGGGCUCCAAGCCCAGGGCACCCUCUCCCACCCCUUCUCUCCCACCAUCCUGGAAGUACUCCCCCAACAUCCGCGCCCCACCCCCGAUAGCUUACAACCCCUUGCAUUCCCCCUUCUACCCCUUGGCAGCAAGCAAGUCUCAGGCUAGCAAAGCAGAGAGCAAAGUGAAGAAGGCAGCCAGCCAGAAAUCGGGGAUCAAGGCCAUUGAUUUCAUGCGUCACCAGCCCUACCAGCUAAAGUCAGCCAUGUUCUGUUUUGGGGAGCCCCCGAGCACUGACACACAGAGCCCUCCAACCCAGCCAGCCCAGCAGCCCAGCUCCUCUUCCACCCCAGCCAAGCAGGCGCCUGUGAAAACAGCCAGGACCUAUGAGAUCCGGCGGUUCUCCACCCCUGCUCCCAUGCCCACUCUGAACAGCCUGGCACCCACUGUCCUCGCCCCUCGAUCCGCCACCACGCUGGAUGAGCCAGUAUGGAGGACAGAUGUGACCUCUGCACCCACCACCCCGGCCCCUUUCCAGGCUGGUCCCAGCCAGGCCCCACAGCUGAACCAAAGCUCUCCAGAGCUCGGUCAGGCGAGCCACGCGACUCUCCCACGCCCAGCCUCCUCCUCUGGCUUCCAGGUAGCUAGACCCAGGUUUUCAGCUGCCAAAACUGGAAUGCAGGCCCAUGUGUGGAGGCCGGGCUCCGGGUACCAGUGACCCAGGAACUGCCUCCCUCUCCCCCACAUGGGCAUGUCUGGUGUCUGACCAAGCUAGUUUCUGUGGCUGUUCUUUAAUGCAAGCUC